AUGACAGGUCUACCUGGUUUGUUAGGCCCCAGAGAAAUGGAAGAACCUCGAAAGCGCAGAACACCCCCAAAAGUCCAGGAGGAAAGCUUUGAAGAAAUUUCUUCAAUUCCAAAAGGACUUGAUGAAUCAGAUUUUGCCAUUGGUGAUUCGUCGAAUGACUUCGGGUCGGAUUUCGGUUCCCUUCUUAACGCUCUUACUGAUGACAAGAGCUUGGGUCUGAUCAAAUCCCAGCUUCAAGCAUUGCAAUCAACAGAAGGGCUACAAGAAGCUUUACCAUCCCGGCAACAGGCAAAAGCAGAGCGAGCCCUGAACUACAAGGCAGCCGUAAAAGAUGCUCGCAAAUGGAUUCCUCAGUUACAUCGAAACGCAGAAUCCGAACAGGUUCAAUUCGGCCAAAUUUCUAGAAGCUUGAGACAAACAACUUCAGCGUUGUCCGUCCAUUUUCAACCCACCAAUGACUUCGAAACAGAAAUGCGGGAAGCAAUUGCUGCAAGUGGUGUCACAGAACAACGUGUUGCUGAAUCCAAGGCUCUUCCAGUCGCUCCAGGAAUCAAACAACAGAGAAUCAAUAGUCAUGUCGCGCAACUCAAAUCGAUCCUUUUCAGAGAGCAACAAAAAAAUAGAAGAAUCAAUAAAAUAAAGUCAAAAAUGUGGCGGAAAGUUAAUCGAAAGAGCGAAUUAAUGGAGCGCGAACGUCUCUUAAGUCGGUUGGAGGAAGAAAGCCCCGAAUUGGCGGCGAAGAUCCGCGCCGAUAUGGAGGAAAAGCGAGCAGGGAUGAGAAUGUUAAAAAGGCAAAAUGCUAGAAGGAAAUGGGCACAAGUGGCGAUGCGCUACGGCGGAAAAGACGCUCAGAAGUUGGUGUCACGAGAAGCUCAAAAAGAACGGGAUGAAAUGGACGCAAUCACUCGAAUUGCGAAAUCAUCCCCGCAUGAUGUUCUAAAGAGUGACGAUGAGAGCGAUCUCGAUUUUGAUAGUGAAGACGAGGGCGGAGGAGAAGAGGUAUUGAGACGCGCGAAAAGUUUGAUAGAAGAGGAAGUUCGGAGUGACGAGGAAGACACGACGAGGCAAAAAGGAUUAAUGGGCUUGAAAUUCAUGCAAGACGCAAUGAAGAGAGAAAAACUUAAAAAUAAGGAAGAGGCAGAUCAAGUGAUGAAGGAAAUUGAUGGUUUAAAAAAAUGCAUCAAGCGUAAAUUGCCGAAGAAUAGUGUUGAUGUUGAUACUGAUGACAGCGAUGUUGAAGAACCAAAAAUAAAAAAGCAUAAAGGGAAGAAAGAAGAACCUUUGAGACUUCCUCGAUUUACAAAAGAAGAAUUGGAACGCGCAGCUCGUGAAUUGGAAGAGUCGAAAACUCCUGGAAUGAAGACAACUAGAGAUGAUAUAAAGAUAACUAGAGAUGACAUAAAGAUAACUGGGGAUGAAGAAAAGAUCAUUGAAGAUGAAUCUAGAGGAGAUGGUGUAGCAGACGUCAAUGGACAUGUUGAUGGGAGACAGGGUAAAGAGAAUCAUCACGAAGAUAAUAAAGAUGGCACUAGAGAUCGUCAUCUUAACCAGAAAAAAAUCUCAGGCGAAAAGAAGAACGGUCAAGAAAAACAUACCGAAAAAAACACAUCAGUGGCUGUGGACGAUCUAGUCGCGAUGCUUGCCUCAGAAGGAGUUUUAGAUGGAGCCCUAGAACAAGAAAAUCUAAUUCAAGAGGCGUUUGUAGAUAGCGAGCAAAUUGCGGAACAAAACGAAAUGAAAGAAUUAGCACGAGAGGAUGAAGAAGAGGAGAAGGAAAAGGAGCAAGGACCUCGAAAGCUUGCAGGAUGGGGAAGUUGGACUGGUGAAGGGAUCAAAGAUAGAAAGAAGAAUAUAAUUGAAACAGUCAUAGAAGAAAAACCUAAACCGCGAAUUUAUAUUAAUCGUAAAUUGGAUAGAAAACUGGCUCCCUAUUUCGUUAAAAGUGUUCCAUUUCCUUAUUCCAAUAAAGAACAAUUUGAAGCAACAUGUGCUCAUCCACUUGGACCAGAAUGGAAUGCAUCGCAAGUCCAUAACCGAUUGAUUCAACCAGAUGUGUCUAUUCGUGCUGGUACUGUCAUCAUGCCACUCGAAUAUGCGAAACACUUACCAAAAGAUCAAGCUGAUAGUUUGUUAGAUGUUUGGAGCGGAAGGGGGAAAAAGAAAGCGCCGAAAGCAAGACUUUAA